CAAUACCACAUCACUGUCUGAUCUUACAGCACUGCUUGUGGAGAUCCAUGGCUCUUAUGGGAGGUCUUCUCCUUCAGGCUCCCAGCACGGUGACACUGCUGGGGGCUGUGCUGUUUCUACUGGUCCUCUACCUCUGCUCCUCUGGUUCCAGCUCUGAGGAACAGGGGAAGGAGCCUCCAGGACCGAGGCCGCUGCCCCUGCUUGGUAACAUGCUGGACCUCAAGAAGCCCUACUGCACUCUCUGCGAGCUCUCCAAGAAAUAUGGUCCCAUCUUCACGGUUCAUUUUGGACCCAAGAAAGUGGUUGUUCUGGCAGGUUACAAGACGGUCAAGCAGGCGCUGGUCAACCAGGCAGAGGACUUUGGGGACAGGGACAUCACACCUGUGUUCUAUGAUUUCAACCAAGGACAUGGGAUUCUGUUUGCCAAUGGAGACUCAUGGAAAGAGAUGAGGCGCUUUGCCCUGACAAACCUUAGAGACUUUGGGAUGGGCAAGGAAGGGAGUGAGGAGAAAAUCUUAGAGGAUCAGUAUCUCUACACUAGUAGUAGAAGUAAGGCAUUUGACACAGCACAGCCUGUGCUUUAUGCCGUCUCCAACAUAAUCUCGGCCAUUGUCUACGGCAGCAGGUUUGAAUACACUGACCCACUAUUCACAGGCAUGGUGGACAGGGUCAAUGAGAAUGUUCACCUUAUAGGUUCUGCAUCAAUGCAGAUGUACAACAUGUUUCCCUGGUUGGGUCCGUGGAUAAACAACCUGACACGUCUGAAAAAUAAUAUUGCUGAUAUGAAGAUGGAGGUGACAGAGCUGGUGAGGGGCCUGAAGGAGACUCUGAACCCUCAUAUGUGUAGAGGCUUUGUGGACUCGUUCCUCGUCCGAAAGCAAACCCUGGAGGAAUCUGGCAAUAUGGAUUCUUUCUACCAUGACGACAACCUGGUAUUUAGUGUUGGUAACCUGUUUGCUGCUGGUACCGACACCACCGGGACAACCCUGCGCUGGGGUCUGCUGCUAAUGGCCAAGUACCCCCAUAUACAGGACCGGGUCCAGGAGGAGAUCAGCAGGGUUAUAGGAAGUCGUCAGCCCUUGGUAGAGGGCAGGAAGAACCUGCCCUACACUGAUGCAGUGAUCCAUGAGACCCAGAGACUGGCUAGCAUUGUAACUAUGUCCAUCCCUCACACCACCAGCAGAGAUGUCACCUUCCAGGAAUACUUCAUCAAAAAGGGGACGUCUGUGAUUCCUUUAUUGAUGUUCGUCCUACAGGACAAUAGUGAAUGGGAGAGCCCCCACUCCUUUAACCCCUCCCACUUUCUGGAUGAGCAGUGAUGAUUCGUCAACAGGGAUGCCUUCAUGGCCUUCUCUGCAGGGUCUCUCGCAUGUCUGGGGGAGGGUCUGGGCAGGAUGGAGCUCUUCCUCUUCACCUCCCUCCUGCAGUGCUUUCAUUUCUCUCCUCCUCCUGGAGUAACAGAGGAUGAUCUGGACCUCACACCAUCCGUGGGGUUCACCCUCCACCCUUCACCUCACCAGCUGUGUGCUGUGAGCCGGGUCUGAGAUGAGUCUGGACCA